AUGGAGAACUAUAGCCACAAGAAAUUCACUGGAGCCCUGAAGCGAAAGCGCAGCCAGGAUGGGGAUUCCGAUGACGAUGUGGUCUUCAUCAUGGAGCAGCCUGGUCAGCGGACUCCGGAGCAGCCACAGCCAAAGCGUCGCUUCUUCCGUCCCUGGACGGAUGAUGAGAUCGUGGUGGCCGAGAAGGAGCAGCCACAGCCGCCGCGGAAAAGUGCGGUGACUCCACCACCCGGCGACACCACCUACCAUGCCAACAUGGUGCGCAAUCAUCACAAGCGCCGCCAGAGGAGCCCACAGGAGCAACUGCGUCGCGAUAGGAACACCUUGGCCAGCCUGCGACACCGGCGAUCGCAGCAGCAACAGCAGCAGCUCAUCGAACAGCAGUACUUGGCCAGCAGGAUUCAGCAUGAGGCCCAGCUCCAGCAGCAGAUCCGAUUGAGCUUGUAUUAUGUGCGAUUCCUUCAACAAACGAUGGUCAACAUGGAGCCACUGCCUCCGACGCAGCCAAGGCAAAUGAUCCCGCCCCAACAGACCGCCACUCAGCAUCCUUGA